AUGAGCAAUUCAUCUAAAGUAUUUGUAGUAACUGGUGGUGUAAGUACGAUGCAAAAUAAAGGAAUUGGCUAUGCAGUCGUACGACAUCUUGCCCUGAACUAUGCCAACUCAUCACCAUCUCAGCCUCUUACAAUUUUGUUGACAGCACGUAAUCCAACACUAGGACAAAGUUCAACAGUUAAAUUACGUGAAGAAUUGAAGCCUAAUAUUUUAGUAGAUGAUGGUGGAAAAGUAGAUUUGAAAUUUUUGAGAUUGGAUAUAGCCGAUGAACUAAGCAUUAAGGAAGCUAAAGAAAUUAUUGAGAAGGAUUAUGGAGGAAUUGAUGUUUUAAUUAAUAAUGCGGGUAUUG